GACCAACAGGACGGUUUCUAAUCCCCCUGACCUGCAAAAAUAGGCGCGGAAGCAGUGCAUAAUAAUGGCUCGGGGACGAGUGUCGAGUACCCCGUCAAGGGUGACCUGCGUAAGAUGAUGUCGCAGAAUCCGAUUCCGACCAUUACACCGGGAACUAUAGACCCGGCAUCCAUGGGCGACGAAGAAGCAACGAAGCAGGCCCGCGCUGUUCUGCAGACGCUCAAUGUUUCCUUGGCCACCAAUGACGCUCAAACGCUCGAGAGCUGUUUCUAUCCCGGGCAGGCUUACUGGAAAGAUUUGCUGGCCCUGACCUACCAUACACGCACCUUUUCCACCCCCGGCGUGAUUGCAGCGAGCCUUUUGGAGACUGCAAGUCUCAGACAGCUUACGACGGGGUUUGAGCUUGAGGGAGCCGCAUUGUUCGUCCCGGCUACGCCAGUUCUUCAAUUCAUUGACUGCAGCCUCACCUUCAAGACUGGGUCGCCUGCGGCCAAGUGUAGCGGAAGAAUUUUGCUCCUACCGGUCAAGACAGGCGAGAGACUCGAAUGGAAGAUUUGGGUUUUGAGCACCACGCUCGAGAGCCUGGACGUACAGUCUGAGGACGAGGCUCUGCUCCAGACUCCGGGAAGAAAGCUGGACAGCGCCAGUGCCGAGCCAUUGGAGACGGAUGUCUUCAUUGUCGGGGGUGGAAACGCGGCGGUGGCGCUGGCGGCGCGGCUGAAGGCCCUCGGUGUGGACAGCAUCAUGGCCGAGCGCAAUGCCAACGUCGGCGACAACUGGGCUCUCCGGCACGACUCGCUGAAGUUCCACGUUCCGACAUCGUUCUGUGAGUUGCCCUACAUGGCUUACGACAAGGAGCUACAAACCCCCCACUGCCUCACCAGGGACGACCUUGCCGAGCAGGUGCGCCGCUACGUCGAGGCCUUCCACCUCAAUGUCGUCAACUCUGCAGAGAUUACACGGACCACCCAGAUGCCAGACAAGCGGUGGCAUGUGGAGUUUCGUACUCCGAAGGGCGCCUAUACCGUCACUGCCAAGCAUCUGGUCCAGGCGACGGGCAUCGGGUCGCAGAAGCCGUACAACCCACCCAUGGCCGAUGAAGAGCUGUACAAGGGAAUCCGGAUCCACUCUGCACAGUUCAAGAACGGCAAACAGCUCAGAGCCCAGGGCGUCGACUCGGUGCUCAUCGUCGGCUCUGCCAACACCGGGUUUGACGUGCUAGAAGAUUGCUACGCCGCCGGGCUCAGGCCGACCAUGGUCGUGCGGUCGCCGACGUACAUUGUGCCUAUCGAGUACAUCUACGACAAAAUGAGCCUCGGUGCCUACGACUUUGGCGUCGAAGCCGCCGAUAGGAUGUUCCUGACGCUGCCCGCCGUUGUGGACGCCCAGCUCGCGCGGAACCUUUUUGCCCACUUCGCUUCCCAAGAGCCUCAACGCUACGAAGCGCUAGCAAAGGCCGGCUUCCCCGUCUAUGACAGUCGACAUCCCGACGCGGCGCUGAUGCACAAUCUGAUCGAGCGCGCUGGCGGCCACUAUGUCGACGUCGGCGGCACGGCGCUCCUGUCCGAGGGCAAGGCCGGAGUCAAGGCCGGCGUUGAACCGGUCGGCUACACAGCCACGGGGCUGCGAUUCUCUGACGGGAGUACGGUCGACGCCGAUGCCGUGGUUUGGUGCACGGGAUUCGCCGACGCAGACGCGCGCACCGUAGUUGCUGAGAUCCUCAAGACGGACCUGCCUGUCGACGCCACGUGGGGCGUCGAUGAGGAGGGCGAGAUUCGCGGCAUGUGGAAGCGCCACCUGCGUGUCGAUAACUACUGGAUCAUGGGAGGCUACACCCAGCAGCAUCGUUUCCACUCCCGGACCCUGGCCCUCCAGAUCAAGGCCGCUCUCGAGGGAAUCCUGCCGCCAGCGUACCGAGAUACCCCUCAGCCGAAGACACUCAGCACAUGAGACAUGGGACAGUGAGGUCGGUGUGACACGACGUGGGAGACGUACGUUAUAUAGUUGAUAUAGUUAUAUAAUCAUAUGAGAUUCCCUGUGUAACUUAGUCAACGGACGUUGCCAAACAUGUGACAGGAGUUGAC